GGAGGCUGCUGGGAUUAUUGAGUUGAAAUCUUCAGAGUGGAUUACAGUUUAUAACUCCUGAUCUGAGGCAGGAUGAACCUGAGGCUCAGCGGUGUCUGUCAGCCAGUCUGCUGGCCGUUUGGCAGCUUGUUGGACUCCAGAAACUGUGUCUUUGCCCUGACGCUCGUCACACUCCUCAUGCAGGUGGUGGUGGAGGCCAACUCGUGGUGGUCUUUGGCCAUGAACCCUAUACUGAUCCCAGAGGCCUACAUCAUCGGCGCCCAGCCUCUGUGCAGCCAGCUGCCGGGCCUGUCUGCAGGCCAGAAGAAGCUGUGCCAGCUCUACCAGGACCACAUGCAGUACAUCGGCGAAGGUGCCAAGAUGGGGAUCAGAGAGUGCCAGUACCAGUUCAGACAUCGACGCUGGAACUGCAGCACCGUGGACAACUCCUCUGUUUUUGGACGCGUCAUGCAGAUAGGUGAGCCGUGCCUGCAAAGAGGGCGAGCUCUCCAGCUGUGGGUGCAGUCGUGCGGCUCGCCCCAAAGAUCUUCCCAGAGACUGGCUGUGGGGUGGCUGUGGAGAUAACCUGAACUAUGGCUACAGGUUCUCCAAGGAGUUCGUGGAUGCAAGUGAGAGGGAGAAGAGCUAUCCAAAAGGCUCAUAUGAGAGCGCACGGCUGCUGAUGAACAUUCACAACAACGAGGCAGGAAGAAGGAUGGUGUCAGACCUUGCAGAUGCUCAAUGCAAGUGCCAUGGCGUGUCUGGCUCCUGCAGCCUCAAGACCUGCUGGCUGCAGUUGGCCGACUUCCGUAAGGUGGGAGACGCACUCAAGGAGAAAUAUGACAGCGCUGCUGCCAUGAAACUCAACCCACGUGGGAAACUGGUGCAGAUGCACAGCAAGUUCAACCCUCCCACAAAUCACGAUUUGGUGUACAUCGAACCCAGUCCAGACUACUGCUUGAAGAACCAAAGCACAGGCUCCCUGGGCACGGUGGGGCGCCUCUGCAACAAAACCUCAGAGGGCAUGGAUGGGUGCGAGCUGAUGUGCUGCGGCAGGGGUUACGACCAGUACAAGGCCCAGAUUGUGGAGCGCUGCCACUGCAAGUUCCACUGGUGCUGCUAUGUCAAGUGCAAGCGCUGCACCAGAAUUGUAGACCAAUUUGUCUGCAAGUGAGAAGAGACGCGUCGACUUGCGGAUGAUGGGCGUUCACUUGUGAGAGUUCUUCAGCGGUGGAACAGAGGGGGAGCGCGAACGGAAGAAAGAAACUAUAUAAAUUAUAUUUAUAGAGUUAAACAAUUAUGUCUUUGAAAAAAAAAAAAAAAAAAAAAAAA